CUCUUGUGCACUGCAUCUUAAUUCAUUUUUUGUGCCCUGUGCAUGGCAGCAAGAUCACAUGAACAGACCAAACACCUCCAUAAAUUAUUCGCAGUACACCAGCCCCACCUCUCUCCAUGAUACAUGUUAUCUCUCUCCCUUCCUGCCAUGGUCCAGAGGGCCCUCACUCAUAGCGCGCUGGUAGCCUGGUACUACAAAAGAUGGCAUCAUUUUUUUCUUUGCCUCCCGCUCCUCCUUGUCUGCUCCUUCCUUUCUCCCCCAUAUGAGCUGAGAGGUUCGGAGCAAGACUAGUUUUAUGUAGAGCAAACAUCGUAACCAGAAAAAUCUCUUCUUUGAUCUUUCAAAAAGAAGAAUAUCUUCCCUGGCCCAGAGAUUCCCCACAAAUCAGCAGAAAAAAACAACAUUUUUCAAGUUGUUUCUCUUGUGUUCUCCUGCAGAUAGUAAAUUCAGAACUAAGAAAUCCAGAAAAAAUCCUCCUUUUUUUCUCUGGUCAUUCGGCCCAAUCUUCCAAAGCAGAAGUUAGAGAACCAAGAACUACCAUAGCAAGAUCUUGGUUCUGUUCCAUUUGCAUCAAUUCAGCCGUGUAGAAACAAGAAAUCUACUCAAACGAUCCACCUUCGGUUGCCGCAAGAUUCGCAUCUUUCCUGAGGGAAGCGAAGAUUCAACCGCUGAAGAAGCCAAGUCUCCGACGAUGGCGGCGGCGCUGGAGUGCUGGUCGGGGCGGCCGAGUACCGACGAGGAGAUGGUGGAGCAGGUUCUCAUGAAGCCCCACAGUCGCUCAGACGACUCCCUCCCGACCUGCGCCGACUCUGCCUGCGCCGGCCAGCCGACUUCGGUGCCGGCAGCGCCCAAGAAGUGGCAGCGGCUGGGUCGCAACUUCGCCAGCGCCAUCGCGGCGUUCAAGAACACGCUGAACCUGGAUGGCGGCGGCCUUCCCCGCGACCCCUCGCCGCGCGCAGAGAAGCCGCCACCUCUCCUCCUCCGAGGCCUCGCGCAGCUCUACUCCCGCGGCGCCGUCAACCAGCAGCUGCCGGAGAAGCUCGUUGCCGACCUCCGCCGCCACUUCGACGCUCUCCCCAACAGCUAUGCACAGGCAGGAUUUGACAUGAAAGAUGUCCUCUUGCAUGCCCGCCUUGUAGAGCAGGCGACAGGCGAGGAUCAGCCUGCAGUGAACAUUGAGGAAGUUCAUGGCAGAGGAGGUGGUGAUGAAGGCACUGCUUUUCAGCUCACUUUUGCUUGCAUUGCCCCGCUUUCAUGGCAGUCAAUGUCAGGCUCACUUGAUAGCCCUGUGCUCUGCUGCAAGAAGAUCCAGAUCUUUGAGAAGAGAGGAUUGACACUUGGCGUUGUCAUGAUACUUGUGCAGUCCGGGAAUGAGGCGCUCUUCAAGAACCGGGUUGAGUCUGCACUGAAAUCUGCCGUAAAGAAGCAGAGGAAGAACAGUGGCGGUGUGAAGCUACCAUUUGGGCUUUGUGGUUGUCAAGAAGAAGGAUCAAGGAACUUUGAUGAGGAGUCUAUGUUUGAUCCAGAUGAUGGUCAGGUACUUGAGAGUGAGCCAACUCGCAGACCACAGCUUCCCACUCCCCUACCACAAUCAUCAGUCUUUGUCUCAGUAGAUGAAUGGCAGACCAUUCGAUCUGGUGGCGAGGAGCUUGGCCGCUGGAUGCUGCGUUCUGAGGAGAUUGAGUUCAUCGAUUGGGUUGGUGCAAAUUCAUUCAAGGGGGUAUAUAGAGGAAAGAAGGUUUGGGUCAACAAAUUGAGGGGCUGUGACAUGGGAAGUGCUUACGAUGUCGAGAUCCGUCAGGACUUGCUGCAGUUGAUGAGCUGUGGCCAGAGGAACAUCCUCCAAUUCCAUGGCAUUUGCUUUAAUGAAAGCCAUGGGCUCUGCGUAGUGACUAGGAUGAUGGAAGGGGGAUCGGUUCAUGAUAUUAUUAUGCAGAGAAACAAAAGACUGUCACUCCGAGACACUGUUAGGAUUGCUCUUGAUAUCGCUGAUGGUUUGGCCUUUAUGAACAGCUAUGGCAUUGCGUACCGUGAUCUCAAUGCUCGAAAGAUCCUUCUGGACAGGCAAGGGAAUGCUUGCCUUGGGGAUAUGGGCAUUGUUACCCCUUGUAAUAAUGUUGGUGAGGUCACUGAGUAUGAGACGUCUGGAUAUCGGUGGCUGGCUCCAGAGAUCAUUGCAGGAGAUCCUGAAACCGUUGCUGAGACCUGGAUGAGCAACAUUUACAGCUACGGAAUGGUGCUCUGGGAGAUGGUCACCGGAGAGGAGGCGUACUCCACAUACUCACCGGUGCAAGCAGCGGUGGGAAUUGCCGCCUGCGGGCUGAGGCCAGAGAUCCCAAGAGACUGUCCUCAUUUCUUGAGGUCACUGAUGAACAGGUGUUGGGAGAAUUCCCCUCUGAAGCGCCCUCAGUUUUCCGAGAUCAUAUCCAUCCUACAAAGGCAGAAUGUCAGAUAGUUUUGUUUUCCUUUUCUUAUGCUAAUAUGCUAUAUAUCAGUUUGGCUUGGCUGUUUGCCUAAUCAUGCAGGAAACUGCAUAUGAGAAAAUAUAAUAUAUAUGCAAAGGCUUGUUACAUUGCUCA